AGCCUGGUGCUGGACAAGGAUAUGGGGUGGUAUGGGGUAGGCACUGUAGGGCAUGAAGCCGGCUCUCUGCAUAGGGACACCUGGUUUGCAGCGGAUUGGGGACAGGAGGUGACAGCUGGCAUACACACUUGGCACCCCUGGGAUGUUCCUGGGAUGUUCCUGGGAUAGGGCUGCGGGGCUGAGACCCUGCAAACUCGUGCCAUGGGUGAGCUGAGCUAGGCAGCAAGCCUGGAGGCAUAGGGGCAUCCGUGCUGUGCUGUACCGAGCUGUGCCAUGCUGUACUGUGCUGUACCAGGCUGUGCCAAACUGCUGUAAUUUUCCAAGUUCUUCUAGGAAGGCAGAGCCCUUCCACGACUGAUCCACUCUGGGAAAGCACCAGAGAAAGUGGGGAGUGCUGGUAUCCUGCCCUGCUAGGUGCUGUGUGGAGCACCCCGUCUCCAUUGUGUUGAGGUCCCCCCCUGGCUGCCUGCCACUUAUCAGUGCUGAGUCACGGUACCAGGCAGAGCUGUGGGGACCGGGUGGUGGCCACAGGGUCACUGAGCUAGCUGGGGUGGCCUGGCUGGUGACCAUAGGUUUCGAUGCCCUGUUCUGAAAGAGGAAAUGGAUCAUGCGUUGGGGUUCUGUGCCCAGAGAUAGAUUCUGCCAUAAGUGCCACGGGGAAGUGACCCCGUGAGGUGCCCAGCAGGACAGCUCGCAGCUGGCAUGGCGCAGCCCAGCGCACCCCCCCCGUACGACGACAAGAACCCCCUCUAUCCCCCCAGUGCCUACCCCCAGCCCUCCCACUAUGCUGGAGGGUACCCACAGCCAGGGGGGUAUCCUACACCUGCGGGCUAUGCAGCUCCAGGGGGGUAUGGGACACCAGGAGGGUACCCACAGCCAGGGAUGGCUAUGCCCACCAUGCCCAUGCGCUUUGGUGAUAACUAUGGAGGUGAGGGUAUGGGAGGCAGCUCCCCCAUCCAGUCGGCUGACUGGGAUGACAGAAAAGUACGGCACACCUUUAUCCGCAAGGUCUAUGCCAUCAUCUCCGUGCAGCUGCUGGUGACAGUGGGGAUCAUCGCGAUGUUCACCUUUGUCUCACCUGUCCGCUCCUUUGUCCAGAGGAAUGCUGCCAUCUACUACUCCUCAUAUGCUGUCUUCCUGGUGACCUACCUGGUGCUGGUCUGCUGCCAGGGCCCCCGGAGACGCUUCCCGUGGAACAUCAUUCUGCUGAGCAUCUUUACCUUGGCCAUGGGCUUCAUGACAGGGACCAUUGCCAGCACGUACCGGACUAAUGCUGUCCUCAUCGCCAUGCUCAUCACCGCCAUUGUGGCCAUCAUUGUCACCAUUUUCUGCUUCCAGACCAAGGUUGACUUUACGUCAUGUCCGGGGCUCUUCUGUGUGUUGGGCAUCGUGGUCAUGGUAACAGGGAUCGUCACAGUCAUCGUUCUCUCCUUCAAAUAUGUGCCCUGGCUCCACAUGCUGUAUGCAGCCAUCGGGGCUAUUGCUUUCACCCUGUUCCUGGCCUAUGACACGCAGCUGGUGCUGGGCAACAGGAAGAACACGCUGAGCCCUGAGGAGUACAUCUAUGGAGCCCUCACCAUCUACACUGACAUUGUCUACAUCUUCACUUUCCUCCUGCAGAUUGUGGGCCGAGAUUGAGCCCCUGCUUGGGACCCCUUACCCCCACCUCAAAAUGCUUCUUUCUCUUUCCUCCAUUGGCCAAGCUACUCUUCUCCCAGCCCCCCAGUCACCAGCCAGGCUCCUGGUAUCCCCAGUUGGGAUACUGCUGACUACCACGGCUGCAGCCCCUCUGCCAUCCAGUUGUCCCCAUGAGGCCACUCACUGCCCCAGAGCUCCAAGGCACCGGGACCAGGGAUGACACUGGGGUUGUCCCCAUGGGUGGGACGGCCAGAGGUGCUCCCAGCAUGGAGGGGUGCUCUGCUCGCUUGUAAAUAGGCUUUGAAGCUGGUACCUGUGUACAGUUCUGCCUGGUGUCCUCGGUGCUUCAGCACCCCUUGAUUGUGGCCUGCUGGAGGAGAAGGGUUCCCUGUGUCCCACACUUGGGCCCUGAGGCUCUCUGGCCCAGGGGGAUUGCCAGCAGCCAAUGGGACAGUGCUGGGCUCUGCCUGGGGCCCGGGCUCCAUUCAGUGCCUUAAAUGCAGCGUUGGCCUUUGCCCUGGGCACAGCUGGGCCUGGUAGGCCUCAGGCCCCAUUGGUCUCUCUGCAGGCCUGGCCUUGGGCCACGCUCAAUUGUUACACAUGCUCAAUAAAACACUUUAAUUUUCCA